GGCCUCACAGAUUAAACUUAGAUUUCAACAUGUGACAAUAAAUGGCAAAGUAUUUAGUAGCACAACGUCAAUCCAUACAAUUGACCAAAAAUCGCAGAAUCCCUUCAAGAUCACACUUUCUCCAUUUUUCAAGGUAUAAUUCUAUUCCCGGGCGACUCACUGAGAAAGGACAGCCAAGAAAGAUUGACCUAGCAAAAUGCUUAAAUAUGCAGGUUGGAGACUUAGUACAGGUUCUGCAUGGGCAGGACAAAGAUAGGCAAGGUGUCAUACUGAGGAUUUUUCACAAGAAAAACCAAGCAAUAGUGGAGAAUUGUAACAUGCGUGAAGUAUUUUGGAACCCAAACUUUGAUGGUAAACGGCAAAGCCUCAUCACGCAAGAAAUGCCCAUACACAUAACUAACAUCGCUAUGGUAGAUCCAGUCGCAAAGAAACCGACGAUUGUCAAGCGUAGGUAUAUGAUGAACGGGGAAUGCGUACGGAUUUGCAAGCUAUCUGGUUCAUCUGUUCCAGAACCUGUAAAAGUUAGUCAGAGUCAAUACCAAAAGCCGCCAAAGCGCAGAACCCCUACAAGGGAUAUAUAUUUGAACAAGGACUAUGAAAAUUUCAAUUUGUUAACAAAAUUUGCAAGACUAAUAAAGGACAAACGGAUAGAAUCGAGAUUAGCGGACAAAAAAUGAUUCAGACAGUUCGAUAUUACAACACAAGAGAUACAAAUGUUUGGAAUCAACAUUUAAUAGGCUUUUCAAAGUUAUCACAAUACUAGUGCGGAAAAUAGGCGAAUUUUAGGGUUUGUCCGGAUGUUUUGAUGAACAGCCCUUUCAUCUAUUCACACAUAAAAUCUUCUU